AGAAGAUCCGCUCCAGCUCCAAGACAACAGUCUAGAUCGGCCCAUACCGCCGCUGCCCCAUCCCACUACCCAUCUCGUCCAGCUCCAGCUGCUCAUCCAGUGCAACCACAAGCUCAGGCUUCCCAGGGCCCAGGUUUGUUCGGUCAAAUGGCUUCCACAGCUGCUGGUGUCGCUGUCGGUUCCACCAUUGGUCACACUUUAGGUGCCGGAAUCACUUCCAUGUUCGGCGGCUCGUCGUCCCACGCACCAGUAGAAGCUGCUGCCCCAGUGCAACAGAACCAGUACGAAGAGCAGAAGACUACCUGCGAUGCCGACGCCAGAAACUUCACCAGAUGUUUGGGAGACAACGGUGGCAACAUGCAAAUCUGUGAAUACUACUUGCAGCAAUUGAAGGCUUGUCAAGAAGCCUCUCGUCAAUACUAA